AUCCUGUCAUGAAAUCUGUCUGACCUUGACAGCUUCACUCAGAAACUCACGAAAGUGUAUUUGUUUUCAAAAAGAUGGACAAACGCUUAUUUUGAGCAUGACUGUAACAUUCUUUUAUCUCGCGCGCAAACACAAACAGGUUUUGCCUGUGCGUGUGUGUGUGCGUGUGUGUGUGUGUGUGUGUUUUGGCUGAUGUGUGUGUUGUCCUCUUCUUCAGCUGGAGUUGAAAGCUAAAGCGUCUGUAGUUCGUCAUGACUGUCUUACAUCGUUGAAGGGGUUUUAGACAGGGAACAAAGGGGAAGCUGCACUUUAGACUGGUGUAAAUAUGGCUCAUCGUUCCCAGUGCUCCUCUGCCGGGGACAAUCCCCUGGACCCCAACUACCUGACCCCUCAUUACCGCGAGGAAUACCGAAUGGCGAUUGACGCCCUGGUUGAAGCUGACUUAGAGGGUUACUAUGGGUUUCUUCAGGAAGCAGAUGUGGUUGAUUUCUUAUCCCGUUCAGAGAUUGAGUAUAUCAAAUGCACGGUGCAGGCUCCACAUCACAUUGCCCAACCAGAGAGGCGAUACAUGGCUGAAGAUGUGGAUGGCUCUUCUGACACUUACUGGCCGGUACAUUCAGACCAUGAUGCUCCGAGCCUGGACCUAGGCUGGCCGCAGCAAUUCAGAUUUGUUGGACCCACUGAGGUCACUACAUUGGUGAACCCCUCUGACCCCGAAAUGCCCAGUAUCAAGGAGCAAGUCCGCAGAAUGAUCAAGAAUGCACAACAAGUUAUCGCUGUGGUAAUGGAUAUGUUUACAGAUGUUGACAUCUUUGCUGAUAUCCUUGGUGCGGCGACACGUGGUGUAGCUGUUUAUGUUCUUCUUGAUGAAAUGAAUGCUCACCAUUUUGUUGGAAUGGUGAACCACUGUAGGGUGAAUCUGGAUGAAAUAAAAUUCAUGCGGGUAAGAACUGUGUCUGGUAGUACCUAUUACUGCCGAACAGGAAAGACCUUCAAAGGUCAGAUGAUGGAUCGCUUUAUACUGGUAGACUGCAGAGCUGUGUUAAGUGGCAACUAUAGCUUCAUGUGGUCUUUUGAGAAGAUACAUCGCUGUCUUGCUCAUCUCUUUCUGGGACAGCUUGUAACCACCUUUGAUGAAGAGUUUCGGAUUCUCUUUGCCCAUUCAGAGCCACUGGUUGUUGAAAAUGUUUUGGCAAAUAUGCAGCACUCUAGUGGAGAACCUGAAAGCUACUUCAACACAGAAAAGACCCACAUGUUUAACAGAGAAUAUCCAACUAUGGGCAUGGAAUGGGCUGGCCGUACUACAGAAGAUCAUAUGAAAUUGGGUUACAAAAUGUUACCUUUUAGGAGUGAAUCCAUCCACAGUGCAGCAGAAGCAAAUCCCUCUGUUCAGAGGAACAUGAGCCUGCAUGCUGCCCAGCAAUAUAGAGGGGACCAUCAAUUUAUAGAGCAUGGAAGGCAAAUGAGAGAACCAAAUGAAACGGUUGGCUUCAAAAGACAUAGCUCUGGAAAUAUUCCUGAUUAUGAAUACAUGCCCCCUCAAAACCAUCCAACAAUAAAAGGUAAGCAGUUCGUGGAGGGAGCAAUUCCCCAUGGUGGACACUUUGCACAGGAACCAAGUAUUGACAAGGGAGCUGGAUUACAAUCUGGUUAUGACAUGUAUGGAAGGUUUAGAGGCCAAGGCCAACACACUGAUCAGUUUUCAGGGCCUGGCUUCCCUCCUGAGGGAGAUGAGGAUGAACCACCUGGAGCUUAUGACCAUAUUCAAAGAUACUUGCAGUCUCACCCUGCUAUGGAGGAAGGACAUGGUCCACGUAAUGUAUUACCACCUGUGCAGUCCAAUCUCAAGAGACAUAGCGCGGGACAGUCUUAUACAUGUCAGACCUCCCCAACACAACCAAACUCACCAGAACAGAAAAGUUUCUUCAAUGUAAACCGCAAAGCACAGAAUGUGAGUCAAAAGCAAGGCAUGCGGGACUGGAGGAUCAGCUCAUACCUUAGUGCAUAUAAUGAUGCAGGAGAGCUGGAUUUAGCUGAACUUGAAGGAUCCACUGCAUGUGAUGACAUUCCAUGUUUUACACAGGAAGCUCCUUGUGGCCCCAUACGUCCUGAAAUUAGACUAGGAAAUAGAGAGUUUAACAGGAUACCUUCACCUAGGGAAAAUCCCAUGUUUGUCCAAAUUCAGAAUAAUUCUAUUGUGCCUAACAGUUCAGGUAAUCAUCCAUCUGACGUAUCACAAAUAAAUAUGAAAACAAAACCAGCAUCAACUUCAGAGUCUUCUUGCACCACUGAGGGUGACAAAUUGGAGGAGACGCAGAAUAGAGAACCUAAAGAGACUAGCCGAAUAAGUGAAGAGUUCCUCAAGAGGAAACCCAGACAUGUCCAGAGGAGUUCCAGACUGAGACACUCGUUGAUAUUCAGUUCAAAUUUGGAGUUGCAUGUGUCAGAAGAGAUGAGAGAUACUGGUGGAGAAAAAGAUGUAGAUGAAGCUUCAAAACUUUCAGCUCGUGUGUCACAAAUCUUGGAUAAAAGGAGAACUGGUUCUCCAUUUCAACCAUUUCAGUGGAGCAGUCUUGUAAAGUCAGCAACAUUUGAUAACUCUGCCUCAGAGUCUCCACAACCUGAGGAUGAACUGAACAAAAUGGGUGAAAAUUCUGAUGUACAUAAGGUUGAAAACUGCCAAAAUCUUAGAAAGAAUUCAAUAAAGGGUGAUCUGCAAGAAAAACAUCUGCCUCAAACAGUUCCUGAAACAAACAGCCAAAGGGAUGAAUGCCCAUCUAAUUUAUUGCAAAAGUCAUCUUCUUUCAUAGAUAUGAAUGACCCUGACUGUAGACUGAGGUAUUUCAAAGAGUUAGCAACCAAACGCAAACUUGCAGCAGCAAAGGCUUCUCAGAGCAAUCCUAUAAAAGCCACCCAAAAGUUUACUCUACCGGAGAAACCUUCAACUAUCGAUGCAGAUAAAAAAACAGGACAUGUUUUCAAGAUCCCAGAAACUCCACUCAAGUCAAAAAAUACCUCUGUCACAGCAACAGAGAUCAAAUGUGAGGAAUCGAGUAAAGACAUCCUACAUAGAGCUACUGAUGCUGAAAAGAUUAGAUUAAAGAAAAAACUUGCAGAAAAAUCUGGCUCGUCUUUAAAAAAUUUCAAGGGAGACAUUGAUCAAGCUCUAAAACAAGAGGCAAGAACAGUAUCUAAAAACCAGGCACCCCCCAUUUUAAACAGUUUUUCACAAAAGCCUCUCUGUGCCUCACAAAAUCAAGUAGUUUCUGUUGCAUUAGAUACUACCUCAACAGAAUCUGGCCUCAACCAAUAUCAUAUUCCUAAAGAAACAGAUCCCUCCCAUGCAAUAAUAGCAGACUCUUCUCAGCGCCUCAGCGAAAUUGGGGUAGAUUUUUCUAAACACUCCACCGCAGUAGGGGCUGAACCAUCUACAGCAGAAAAUGUGUAUUCCCAACACCACCCUUCAACAGAUAAAAACUCUUCUCAACAGCAUACUUUAAUGGAAGCAGACUCUUCCAAACCACCCACUACCACAGAAAGUGAACCCUCACGAAAAUCUACUUCAACAAAGGCAGACUCUUCUCAACACACUCCUGCAUCUAAAACAGACUGUUUUCAACAGCCUUCAAGUGAUAACUCUGAAAAAUCCACUGCAGUGCGGAGAGACCCUACUAUGGCAAGAAAUAAACCUUCCCAACAGUGCACUGAUAUAUCUUCAGACCUUUCCAAACAUCCCCCUGCAGUGAAGGUAAACUCUUCCAGAAACCCCACUGUGGCAGAGAUGGACUCUUCUGAGCAGUCUGUUGCAUCAGUGAUAGACUCUCCCCAACACCACAUGGCAAAAGAAAGUAAAUGUUCACUAAAACCCACUGUAUCAGGUACACAACCUUUCAUACAGCCAAAUGCAUCUGCUGCAGCCACUUCACAACAACCCAAUGCAGUGGAGGCAGACUCCUCCCAGGAGACUACUGCAGCAGCCACAGACUCUUCUCACCAACCCAUUACAGCAGUUACAGAUUCUCCUCAACAACCCAUUGCGAUGGAGGCAGACCCUUCUCAGCAGUCCACUACAUCAAUGGUAGACGCAAAUGAACAGCUAACUGCCCAUUCCCACACUACAACAAAAAGUGACCUUUCCAUAGAACCUUUCAGGCAACUACCUUUAUGGGGAGCAGGCUGUUCUCAACAGGCCUCUGCAACAACCACAGGUUCUUCCCAAAAGCCCACUAAAACAUUCACUGACUCUUCCCAGCAGUCCACUGCAACAGAGACAGACUCUUCCCGGGAGCCCACUGCACCAGUCACAGAUGCUUCUCAGCAGCCCGCUGCAACAGAGAUAGGCUCUUCCCGGAUGCCGACUGCAGCAGACAAAGACUUCUCCCAGAAGAUCACUUCAACAGGCACAGACUCUUCCCAGCACCCCACUGCAACAGUCACAGACUCUUUAGACACAGGCUCUUCACAGCAGCCCACUUCAACAGAGGUAGACUCUUCCCGAGAGUCCACUGCAGCAGACACAGACUCCUCCCAGAAGAUCACUUCAACAGACACAGACUCUUCCCAGCAGCCCACUGCAGCAGACAAAGACUCCUCCCAGAAGAUCACUUCAACAGACACAGACUCUUCUCAGCAGCCCACUGCAGCAGUCACAGAAAUUUCCCAGAAGUCCACUUUAACAGGCACAGACUCUUCCCAGCAGCCCAAUGCAAAAGAAACUGACUUUUCCCAGGAGCCCACUGCAAAAGACACAGACUCUUUGCAGCAGCCCAUUGCAACAGAGUCAGAGUCUUCCCGAGAGCCCACUGCAGCAGACACAGACUCCUCCAGGAUCACUUCAACAGACACAGACUCUUCCCAGAAGUCCACUUCAACAGAGACAGACUCUUCCCAGAAGCACACUGUAACAGCCACAGAUUCUUUCCAGCAGUCUGUUCCAACAGAGACUGACUUGUCCCAGCAGCUCAGUAUAACAGAAAGUGAGUUUUCCCAAAAUCCCACCAAAAUGGGGACAGACACCUCCAAACAUCCUAUUAAAACAGAAAAUGAAUCCCAUCAAGAUAUCACUGCAACAAAGUCUGACAGUGUGAAUGAGAAAAAAGAUGAGAACUUAUCCGAAGCCUUUUGCAAACUAAUACCCAUUCCAGAGGUUAACAAUACUCAAAAAGACAAUAGCAUAUCUCAAAAUGCAGUCAUCACAGGCUUAAGUUCCCCAGCUGAAUAUUCCCAAUCUAAAACUGUUACACCUUGUGAUAGCCAAGUGGAACUUAACCACACACAAGCACGGGCUAAACCAUGUAUAACUCCUACAGUUAAAGACACAGACAAUGGUGCUUUAACUAGUCGUGAUUCAGUGGACGUGAGCUUAACUCAGUCUCAAGGUUCACCAGAGCCUUGCCUGUCCUCAAAUGAGAUCAACUCAACCCAGGGAAUAACACAAUUACAAUCUAGCUUUUCAUCAAACCCUAUGGAAUCUAGCUGUCAAAAUGACUCCAAGCCUGAGAAAACAGAUGAGUGCCAGAAAUCUGACACCAUUACAGAGCAAACUCAGAGUCAUGAUACUUCAGCUGUAGAUGCAGGGCCCAAGAUAGCUCACAUAGAAGUUUCUACAGCAACAGACUCUAAUGAGGUUGAUAAAAUUAAACAAACAACACCAGAGGUAGAAAACACUGUGACUAAAUUUGCAGAGGUGUCAGAAAAAUCACAUUUGACUGUACACAGUAAUUCAGAAAAUCAGUCUUCUGUUGCAGAGAAUGCAAAAUCGAUAAUGUCUGCCCAUCAGACAUCUACUGCAAAUGUUAUCUCUUGCAGUAACCUUAGAGAUGACACUAAAGUUCUUUUAGAGCAAAUUUCAGCAAAGAACCAAAGCAGAUCUUCCCAGUCCAAGCAGACUCUUCCUGCUCCCAAUGAAGCGAAAAAGGGUGAGGUUAGCUCUGCAGAUAAUUUGUUUUCAAAUUAUUCAGGAAGGCCCUGGUCCUCCAAGGCUACACCAGAAGAGCGGGAGAUGUUACUACAAAAGAUGGAGCAAAUGCGUAAACAGAGGAAGGCCUACAGCCGUUUUGAGGCCUCAUAAAUUAAACCAUUGGAGGAGGGGCUCCCUUGAUGAACAAUAAGAGGAUAGCGAUUUUUUUACCUCAUAACUGUGAACCUGCACAAACUUGGAUUGAAGUGUUUUAUAACUUCUGAUUAUACCAAAGAGUGCUGCCUAUAUUGAGAGAAUGGAAAUCCCUGCAGGGCUUAACAAGCUAUGCAGAUGAUCUGCGUGACAAAACAGGAACUCAACCUUUACCGGCUGGAAUAUGCUUUUAAUAGGGCAGGUAUUUCUCUGUGUGUAUAUAUAGUGUAGCUGUGAAACACAUUUCUGAAUCUUUUGUAGGUUAUUGGUAGUUCUAUAUUCAGAAAUUAUGAUCUGAUAUAAAUACUGUAAAUAGAGAGUUGUUUACAUAACAAAAACAAGGAGUUCAUUAAAAAUGGAACUGCCAGAGACGGAGCAUGUGAGUGAUGUGGAGUUGGGGAGGAGUUGUGUGAUAUUGCCAGGAGCAAGUAGAAGGUUUUCUGAAAGUCUCCAAAAUCGUUCUGAUACUGCUCCAACAUGUUAACAGACUAUUGUUUGUGUUUCAAUACAGCAUAAAACUUUUCUCCAAGUAUUAUUUAUCUUUUCAUUUAAUAUAUGUAUUUUGUGCCCAGAUGUUUUUCAAUGAUGAUUAAAAAAACACUGAAAGAACUUUAUAGUGGAUCAAUAAUUGGGCACACCGUCUACUGUAUGUUGUAAACUUGAAGCAGUGAGUAACAGGAAAUGGAAAACAUGAAACAAAGUGGAGCUGGAGCUAAAUGAUCACAGGAUGCUUUGAGGAGGGAAAAGUGAAAUUGUUCAGUCACAUGGUCUGGCCAGAGAAUAGAAAAGGACUUUGUUUACUAGUCCAUCAGUUGAUUGUGUAAAGCAACGAUAUGCCAUUGUGAAAUACAUUCUGUUGGUCUGUGUUGAUGCACAGUGGAAACUCCAAAAGCACAUGUUUUUGAGUCCAGGUAACAUAUUAAUGAGGAUAACAUGUACAUGCAGCACCUUUUACUAAAAGGAGUUUCUCAAUAUACUAAAUCGAUAAAGUACACAAAAAUGUGCAAUAUUGUGAAUUUAGGAUGAGAUAUUGAUUUAUUUACAUUGUGAAAUCUGUUUGUCAAAAAUUACCAGUGUAUUAAGACUGCAUCUGUUUUUGAUGGAGGUCCCCAUAAGCUACGCGUGUAGAGAACCAGAAAUGUCUGUUGCAUAUUACCACCAGUUCCUAAAGUUGUAUGUUGUAAUUAUUUUUAGAGCAAAAUGAGUAACACUACUCUGAUAUUGAACUAAAAUAAAACUAGAACUUAAGACAUGUUUUACAAAUAUUGAAAUCUCAAAUGUGUGUUUUUUGCUUUUGUCGCAAUCUAGGCUUUCAGAACAGAUGAUGAAACAAAAUGCUCAAUGGGAAGGAAUUUAUCAAAAAAAAAAAGUGUUUAUUAAUCUUCUGAUGAAAGAAUAGUUUACACAAUGUUUGUUUUUUGCUUUUUUUCUGUAAUCGUUCCCCUUUGGCACCAUUAUGUGUGUUUUAUAUGGGAACAAAUGGAUAGUUGACUCAAAAAUAAAAUUUUUGUUAUCUUUUA